AUGGAAAAUAAAGAAAUGAGAAAUGAUAAAAUUUUAAUUUUUGACACAAAUAGUAGCAUAAACCAUCUGACAGGUGAUGAAUUUUAUUUUUAUUCUAAUGAUGAUGCAAUUAUAUAUAAAAAGAAUAAUUCAUACAAGUUACACAAGGAAACAAAUGUUAACAAUAAUUCAAAUACCACAGAAAAAAAUACUAAAAAUACAAAAAAAAUAAAUGAACAUAAUGAAAAGGAAUAUAAUAAAAAGAAAAUAAGUAACUUAAAUAAAGGUAAUGAUAUAAUAAUAAAUUGUUACUUUUCCGAAUAUAUUAAUAAACAACAUAUUUUUGAAGAAAGAGAAAAAUUUGUAUUUGAGAAUGAAUUUAAUAAAAUUAGUGAUAUAUAUAAUACGGAAGAAAUUAUGAAAAUUAUAAAUAACUUAAAUUCAAUAAGAAAAGAAAUAGAAACAGUAAUUUAUAAGAAAUUAGAAAGAAAAUAUAAAAAUUUUCUUGUUAGCACAAUUAAGAUUAAAACUAUAGAGAAUUACAUUACUAAUAUUAAAAACUUACUAUCUGAAAAUAUGAAUGAAUUAAAAAUUAUGCAAAAAAAUAAAUACAAAGAAAGCUUAAAUAUCAUACAUCUUUUUAAAAAAAAAAAAAAAUCAAAAAAAAUUAAUUUAGUUAUUUUGGUUUUAUAUUUUAUUUACAUUUAUGAUAAAUUAAUUUUUAAAAAUAUUUUAAAAAGAGAUUAUGAAUACGCAUCUGUAAUAUUUUAUGAGUUAUUGAACUUUCUAAAUGAAAACAUAACUCUGUUAAACAAUAUCAAUUGUAUACAUAAUUUAAAAGAAAAGAUGUUUUCAACAUAUUUUAAUAGAUUAAAACAAAAUAAUCAAACAAAUUUCGUUGAUUUCUUAUUUUCUAAUAGUUCUAAAAGAAAUUUAGAAACUCAAUUAGAAAAAUCAGUAAAAAUUUAUUACCUUCUUUUUAAAUCAAAAAGUUACAACUUUAUUGAUAAUUUUUUAGCUUAUGUUUAUCAAUGUUUUCAGAAAAUAUCAAAACAAAUCAUUUUUUCAUUUAUAAUUGUUAACAAAAAAAAAGUGAAGGAAAAAAAGAAAAUUAAUAAUGAUAAGGAUGAAAUUUUGUUUUUUUAUGAAAAUGAUUUAAAUAUUAAUGAAAAUAUUGAGCACGAAGAAAAUAUAAGAAAUGAAAAAGAUAAAAAAAAUUCUGACAAUUUCACAAAAAUUAAAAAAAAAAUUAAUAAUUCAUUAAAUGAAAAAUUACAAAAGGAAAAUGUAAAUAAGAAAAAUUUAAGUUCAAAUAAACAUUUUACAGAAAAAAUUCCUAAUUCUGAAAAUGUUAAUAUGACAUAUACACCUUCAAAUUUUGAGAAUAUUUUUUUUUCAAUAAAUGAUAAUAUAAAUGAAUCUCCCAUUGCUAUUAACGAAAAUUCAGACUAUAAUAUAAGUAGAGAAGAAGAAAAAGGUGCUAAAGUAAGUAUUAAUAAAAAAAAUGAGAAGUUCGAAGAUGAAAUAAAUAAUCUUCAGGAAGACAAUUUUUUAUUUAUACCUUUAAAUGAACUAGUUCAAAAACUUAAAGAAAAAGAUGGUAUGAUCUCUCUUAUUAAAAUAUAUGAAAUUGUAUUUGAUAUUUUAAAUAAAUAUGAUUUCAUUAUAAUUUAUUUAUUAAAAUGUCAUAAAAACAUGAAGUCAGACUAUGUUUUACUAGAAAAAACAAAUGACUCUUUUAUAUCUAAAGAAAAAAUAGAACAUAGUUUAAAUGUUGAUAAUAAUAAAUCAUCUAUUUAUCACAGUAAAAAUGAUCAAAAUGAUAUAUAUUUUAAUGAAAAUACAUAUAAAAACCAUAAUAAUAUAUGUGAUAUAAAUAUAGAAAAUAGAAAGUCUUCCGAUGAAAAUAUGGCAGAGAAAAACUUAUAUAAUAGCUUUAGUUUUUAUGAUAUUUAUUUUUUUUGUAGAAAUAAAAAUUCACAUUCAAUUGAUUCAAAAUUUUAUGAAGCUAAAGACUAUGACAAUUCAUCCAUAACGAAAUUUUUUUUGAAAAACAUUAAUAUAGAAAAUUGUAGCUUCUCAGAAAACUGUUUAAAAAUAAAAGAAGAAAUAGAAAAUUAUUUAAAGGAUAAAAGUAUGGAGUAUAAUCAUAGCAUCGAGUACCUAAAUUUCGCAUUAGAAAAUGUAGAUAAAUUGUUAAACGCAAAAGAUAAAUUUUUAAAAAAUAUAGAAAAAGUAAUCAAAAUAAUUAUCGAAAAUAUUCAAUUUCAUGAUUUUAAUUUUAAUUACAUAUUUGGAUUUAUUGUUAUAACUAUUAUAUUUUGCUGUAAUUCUUUUCUCUUUAAAUUUAAUUGUUCAAAUUAUCAAAUUUAUAAUUUAAACAAAACAAAAUAUUAUUAUACCAAAGAAAAAUAUGAAGUUUUCGAAAAAAAAGAACUAAGUGAAGAAUAUGUAAAUGAAGAAAAUGAUAAAAUUUUCAAUGUUUACAAAAGAGAAGAAAUAAAAAAAUGUGAAGAAAAUACAGAUUCUUUUCAAGAAAAAAAUGACAAAAAAUUUACAUCAUUCUCAAAUUCAAAAUAUAAAGAAAAAACAACAAAAAUAUGUAGAAAAAACUUUAUCUUAAAUAAUGAUAUAAAAAGCGAAAACAUAAAUACAACUAUUAUUAAUAAUCAAUUAAAUAAAAAAGAAAAUGAAAAAAAUAAAAGUUCUGUGUCAAAUGUAGGAAAAAAAGGUGAAGAGUGUAACAAUGAUGAAUUUAUAAGAAUUAAUAACUUUAAAAAUGAAAAAUUAUUUUUAAGUGAAAUUAAGAAUAAUAUUAUAUUUGAAGAAAUGGAAAAAAAAAUUAAAAAUUAUCUUUCCAAAUAUUUUUGUAUAAACAUUAAAAAAUUAAAUGAUGUAAUAAAUAAGGAUAAUUGGACACGUAUACCAAUAAAUAUAAAUCAUCAUAUAUUUAACAAAAAAAUUAAUUUUUUUAGUGUUAUUUCUUUUUAUAAAAAAACUUUCAGUGACUUUUUAAAUAAACCUUUUUCAGAAAACCCUUUGAAGAACUUUAAUUUUAAAAAACUAGAAGAGGAAUUAUGUUCUGACAAUAAUUUAAAUGAACACAUAAAUGACAACAUAAAUAGUCAGUCAUAUGUAAAAUUAGUUGAUGGAUUAAGUAAUGUUAAUUUAGAUAGUAUAAAUGAAAUAGAAAAUUUAUAUAAUGAUUAUGAUGAUAAAAAAUAUGAGGAAUUAAAAAUUAAUAAAGAAAAAAUUGAAUUAAAUAAUUUUGAAAUUGUUAACUUUGAUAUUAUUUUAUCAAAUUCAGCCAAUGUAUUAGCAUCAAUAUUGCAAAAUUAUUUUAUUUUGAAAGAAUUAUUAUAUAAUUUAAAAGAAGAAAUAAAUGAAUAUAUAUUUAAAUUAAUUGAUUUUUAUCUAUAUAUAAUAUGCUUCUUCUUCAUGAAAAAAGAAAACAUAGAAGAGCUCAUAAUUGAUAUAAAAAAAUAUAGUGAAAGAUUAGGAAUAAACAACAUUUAUUUUAUCUUAAAAAAACAGGAAAAAUACAAUGAAUUAUAUAAUUUUUUAAUCUCUCAUAAUGAAGAAAUUAAAAGAAAUUUCCAUAAGUAUAAUUUCUUGGGUUUUAAUAAAAAUGAAUCCAAAUUUUCUCAAGCAAAAUAUGACUUAAUAAAAUUUAAUAAUAUUACUGAUAAUAACUCUCAAUUCUUUUAUUUAAAUAAUUUUCGCAAAAUAUACAGUUCUACUUCUCUUUACGCACUUUCAGAAAAAAUUAUUUCCCUUGAAUCUUCAUUUUGCUUAAUAUGUAAAUUAAAAGAAGAAAUAAUUGAACAAAAAAAUAAUCUAAAAAAAAAAGAAUAUGAAGAAAUUUAUAAUGAUAAUAAGAAUGAUAAUAUAAAAUCAAAAAAUACAAUUAUUGAACAUUUAAAAGAAGAUAAUACGAAGAAAAAAGAUGAAAAAGAUGUCUUUUUAAAUUUUUUAGAUAAGAAAUUGGCUAUUAUUGACGAACUUAGAAUUUUAAUAUACUGUGAUUCUCUGUAUGACAUUAUUGAAAGUAGUAAUUAUAUAAAUGAAAUAUUAAAGAUAAUUAAUGAAACUUUUAAUGAAGAAAAUAAAAAUAAAACUGGAAUAGAUGACUUAAACACAAAAAAAAAGGAUUUAAAAAAAAAAUUAAGUCAAUAUAUGAAUUUAUAUUUAAAUAUAUUAAAUGAUACUAAAAGGAAAUUAAUGUUUUGUUGUGAAGGAAUUUUAUCAAUAGUUAUACAUUAUAUCUUAUGGAAUUUAAUAAAUUAUAUUUUUAACUUAAAUAAUAUUGAAAUUGUGCAUAAAAUAAAAAGUGAAUUCAUGCCUAUCAUAAGUAAAAAUAAUGAACAUAACAAAUUAACAACAAAUGAAGCCAAUGAUAAUAAAAAUUCUUCCUGUAUCACUAAAAAAAAAAAUCCUCAAGAGGAAUUACAAAAAAAUAGUACUAUUCUUCAGAAUAAAUGUAAUAAAAAGAAUUCAAAAGUUAAAGUAAUAAAUAUUGCAAAUGAAAAUGAUGAUUACAAUGAAGAAGACAAAGGAUAUUUAUUGUCUAUUUUGAAAUCAUAUUUUUAUAAAAUUUCCAAUAUUAUUAAUCUAAAUAUAAAAAAUUUAGAAAAGGAAAUAGAACAGAACAUAAAUAACAAUAUUAAAAUGAAAAAUACCAUUUAUACUAAUUUUUAUAAAGAUUUAAAAAAUCCUAAUAGCAAAUAUUACAAACACUAUUACAUUUUUUUAUCCAAAGAGGUCAAUUAUUUUGAGCAAUAUUUAGAUUUACAUUUUUAUAACGUAGAAAAUGUUGAAAAUUUAAUAAAAAAUUAUAAUUCUGAUUUUUACCAGUAUAAACAUAUAUAUUCCAUUAUUUUAAAAUAUCAUAAUUUUAAGAAGCUACCGGAAAGUUAUUUAGCUCAUUUUGAAAAAGAUAUCUUAAAAAAAAUUCAAAAUAAAAUAAAAUCUCGUAAUAUGUAG